AUGAACCUCCAUAUCAGUCCCUCAAACUCUCUCCACUCAACCCCGCUCAACUCUUCUCAACCCCUCAUUGCCUCUCUUGCAGCUGCAAAAAUCUCCCUGUGCCACAAGCUGGGAGCCAACCAGCUGGUUGGCAGUGUGCCGAUGUCGCUCUUACAGCUGCCCGAAUUCCUGCACCUCGAUCUCAGCAACAACAACCUCACAGGGCCGUUUCCUUUCAACGCUACUUCAGCAUCGAUAUCAAGUAAGCAGUUCUCGCUCUACUCUUUCUCCCUUGUCUCUCCCUAUCUCUCCCUCCUGUAUCUCUCGUUCCCCUAUCUUCUCCCCCCUUCUCUCCUCCCCACUCCUCGCUCCUCCCCUCUUCUUUCCUUCCUCCCUUCGCUCCUCUCUCUCCCUUUUAUGCCGUCCAAAAAAUCCAUCGAGGGCAACAACUACCUCUGCCACCCAGACAGGGCCUUCAGCCUUCCUGCCUGCUCGGGCAAUGGCCUUCCAAUCACCUCCCUCUCUCCCUCCUCCCCCUACUCCUCCUCCUCCUCCCCCCCUCCUCCCUCCGACUCCUCCUCCGACCCUGCCAUGAGUACUGUGGCGCUGGUUUUCCUCGUUUUGGGCAUAAUCCUGGGCAUCUGUAUAGUCGCAGCGGCGACGUUUGUCCUGUGGCGCUGGCAGAAAAUGCAGCGGGCCCGGCGGGCAGCAGAGGCGUAUACUGGGGGGGAUCAGUCUUUAUCUGCAGAAACACCUGCAGGAAUGCCAGUAGCAGGUGCAGCAUUAGCAGCUGCACCAGCAGCACCGGCAGCAGCAGCUGCAGCAGCGGCAGCAGCAGCAGCAGCACCUGCAGCAGCAGCUGUCGACUCGAUGAUCCUCUUUGUCUCUCCAGGCUCCCACGUGCGGCGCUUCUCCCUCGCAGACCUCGCAGCAGCAACCGCCAACUUCCACCCCUCCCACAUUAUUGGCUCGGGCGGGUUCGGACCCGUGUUCAAAGGUAUUCUCCCUGAUGGGAGAAUGGUGGCGGCUAAGAAGCGCGACGAGGACUCGUUACAAGGCGAGAAGGAGUUUUAUAACGAGGUGGACCUGCUGUCGCGCGCCCGCCACCCAAAUCUCGUGGAUUUGAUUGGAUUCUGCCGGGAGAGCGGGCAGCAGGUGCUGGUGUACGAGUUCAUGCCGCAUGGGACCGUGCGGGAUCAUUUAUAUGACUCCAUUGGGAAUCCGUUGGGGCACCUGCGCUGGCUGCAACGGCUUCAUAUUGCUCUCAACGCUGCCAGAGGUGCGUGGGAGUCCUUAGUGUGGCUGCAACGGCUGCACAUCGCCCUCAACGCUGCCAGAGGAAUCGAGUACCUGCACACAGGCAUGACCCCCCCCAUCAUCCACCGGGACAUCAAGACCAGCAACAUUCUUCUUGAUGCCAACCUGAGAGCCCACGUGGCUGACUUUGGACUGUCCAGGGAGGGCUCUGUGAGCCGCACGCAUGUGUCAACAAAUGUCAAGGGCACAGCAGGCUACCUGGACCCCGAGUACUACACGGUGCAGCAGCUGACCGACCGCAGUGACGUGUUCAGCUUUGGAGUCGUGCUGCUGGAGUUGAUUUCCGGUCGCCAGCCGAUCGACCUGAACCGGCCAAGAGACGACUGGAGCAUUAUUGACUGGGUGCGGUCGCGGCUGCAGCAAGGGCAAAUAGAAGCUAUUAUAGACCCGACCCUCUCCCCCUCCGAAUUCGACAUUGAGGUCAUGUGGCGCGUGGCAGAGGUGGGCGUGGUGUGCGUCGAGCCGAAAAGCUUCAACCGCCCGAGCAUUUCAGACGUUUGCUUCGAGUUAAACCACGCCAUCCAGCUUGAGGCGGCGGCUGGCCACCCGCCGCCCGGUUUGGGCCACUCGAAUAUCACGUUUGCGAGCAGCGGGGAGGGGAGCAGCAGCAGCGGAUUGGGGGGAAGUCAGGGGUUGAUGAGUGCAGGGGAUGGGAGCAGCAGCGGGACCGGGAGUGGGAGUGGGGGGGUGGGAGGAGGGAAUGGGAGCAGUAAUGCGGCCAUACCUGUGUCAUAUCAACCUGGGGCGAUGGAAGGAGGAGGGGUGGGUUCUGCUGCUGCUGCUAUUGUUGUCAUUCCUGGCACGGAUGCAAGCGCAAAUGCCCCCAGCCUUCCUCCACCUGCCUUCACCACAGCAGCAGCACCAGCAGGGUCACGGUCUUACACUCGGUUCAGUGUAUUCUCUCUGACUGCUUGUGAGUAUGUUGAGGUGUUUCAACAGCAAGCCAUGGCCUGUAGUGGAGUGGACUGCUGUUGA